CGGUUGAUGUUCUUUUCAGAACGCGCUUCGAGGGAAUGAGGGGAUGAAUCUUCUCAGUUUUUUUGUACAGGGUUUUACCUUUCCACCCAAAACCCUGUCUUCUUGCUUCUCCCCCACCAUCCACUCCCUCACUUUACUGUAAGAGCCACCGCAAAAUCCUCCUCUGAUCGCUUCAAAUCCUCUCUCUUCCUCCGGUAAAACCAUAAAUUCCUGUGAAAAACCCACCCCUCACCCCUCCUGUUGCUUCUCCCCACUCAGUCUCUUUCAGCACGAACCCUCUUUGUCUCUUCUUCCUAUUACCCUUACUCAUCUCCUGCUCUCUCCUCUCACUAGUCUGCAAACAAGUUGGUUGGGGAUUUCGGUUCCAGGUGCUCGAACACUGAAGACACGAACAGUAAAGGAAAUGAGCGACGACGAGGGUGAAUUUUUUGAAUGUCAGUAUGAUUCCUCCUUUCUAGAAAGGGUGGUACCAUUGGGCCCUUUUGGUUUCCCAAAUCUAUUGUUACUGAAGCCACAAGUGGUGAACGAAUUUCAAAACCUUCUGGACAAUACCAAGGCUGAAUUGGCAAAGAAGAAUGAUGAGCUUAACGAAUUGCGAAGUCUGCUGGACAAUACCAAGGCUGAAUUAGUGAAGAAGAACGAUGAGCUUAAUGAAUUGCGAAGCCUCCUAGAUGGUACCAAGGUUGAAUUGGCAAAGAAGGAUGAUGAGAUGAAUGAAUUAAAGAAGCAAAAGAUUGAUGAGGACUGGAAUCCUGAACAGUUCCGAGUGUCUAUUGUUGCAAUCACAAACUCAAUGAAGAGAGUGUUUGUUGACUUUGGUCUUGAGCCACCGGAAAGUGGAGAUCCAAAGUCUGUGUUGAAGUUUCUUGAGAUGCUACAUGAUUUGAUCAUUUACAAAGAAUUCAAUUCCACUUUCUUAGUAGCCGCGAACGGGAUACUGGCCUCGAUUGCAAGUAUAUUUGAGAAACGUAGUGGCUUAACCAUUGGCAUGGAAAUAGCAAUCAGUAAUCCAGCCCGUCUCAUUGAGAAUCUAUUUACCUUAAGAGGCUUUAUUGAUUCCCACUUCUUUAUUGAUGGCAGUGUUAUAGUUGAGGAUUUCCAUCUGAUGAACAAGGACGACCUCCCAAUUAUAUUUCGGGAUUCUGCAGUAGAUGUGCCUGAGUUGAAGCAGAAGGAUAUAGGUUCGAAAUCAAUCGAUAACAUCGACAGAAACUUCCACUUCUAUGGGUAUUUCAACAUUCCAAUGGUCGGGAUGUUCAAGGGUGUUUUGACGAGAGUUCAUGUGAACUUGCCAGAUGAAAUUAUGGUGAAACUUCAAGUAGGCAAACAUACCCUUAAUGAUAAAAGGUUUUGGUUUGUUAAUGCUAAUGGUGCAAGUAUAUUUCAAAAAGAGCUUUUGAGUCCUAAAGACAUCAAAUUCACCCCUUCUCGGAUCUUAGGUGACCGGACAGACUUUGUGGGGUUUUUCCGUAGGAUGAAUCGAAUCUUUGUUAAUGGUAAGGGGACAUAUCUCAAAUUUGACUUUAUUGCUGGCAAGUAUUCAGGAUCAGGAGCUGUUUUUGAUGAUACGGUUCGUUAUUAUAUUAAGGAAGGUGUAAUAUUUUAUCCUUUUAAGAUGGUGCAAUUUGAUGUGAAUACACCUGCAACAAAUAUCGUACAACGAGAAGUUUAUUUACCUCUAUCAACUUCAAAAGAUAUGGGUCAGAAUGAUGCCACUUAUAUUGUGGAUGUUCUGGGCAUCGACUGUGCUUUCACAUUCAAUGACUUCUGUUUUGUGGGGAAAAUAACAAAAGCAACUGGUACUUUCCGUGAGAAUGCUCUGGUUAGUGUGUUCUUCGAACAAAACGAACAUGGGGAGAACUGUUAUGUUGAUGCUCUAGCAACAACUUUCUUUAUUUUGAAAACAGGGAAAGUAACAUCUCAUGUUUACCGUGAUAAACUGAAGGAUCCAAAGUUUGUUUAAAAGAACCUAUAGUUUAUUUUAUGCUUUUCUUUUUAUUUUAUUUUAGUUUGUUUAACUUUUGUUAUAUAUCUGGUAAAUAUGCCUGUACUGUAAUGAUUUCAUACAAGUUUUUGUACAUACAACUCAUAUCCUAUCAUAUUGAAUUAUACAAAAGUCGAAGAUAAAAUCCACAUGAA